CACAGCACAGGACAAAAAGUUUGGAGCAGCGAUAUGUAGACGGGCACUCGGCGCACUUUACCACCGAGUUUUUUUGUUUGCCCGUGCCACAGCGGUCUGAGCGAGUCCCGUUCGUUGAGCGUAAAGGUGAGCGAGGCGGCGCCGAGGGGAAACAUAAGGAGACGACGGGUGGCGCCUCAGCCAGGAAAGAAGUGCCGUGAGAAAGACACGGUCUCUCUCUCGCUCACACACACUGCAGCCGCGCCCGGAUCACAACCCGCAGCGAAGCGCUCUCCCUGCUCUCCUGCUAUAGCAUGGCCACAUCGAGUAAAGCGACUUUAAUCUUGCUCAUCUACGGAAUCUUAAUGCACUACAGCGUCUUCUGCACACCUAUCGGACUAAGUUACCCUAAAAUCAGACUUGAAAACGACGCCUUCGAUGAGGACGGGAAUUCGUUAUCCGACAUGGGCUUCGAUGGCGAUCAGAUUGCUAUACGAAGCCCACCCUCCCUAAACGACGACGCGUACACGCUAUACUACCCGCCAGAGAAGAGAGCAGAAAGGCAUGCUGAGGAAGAAUUAGAUAGAGCCUUGAGGGAGAUCCUGGGUCAGUUAACAGCGAGGCAUUAUCUGCAUUCUCUGAUGACAAUACGUGCAGGUGACGACAACAGCAUGGAGGACGAGUCAGAGCCCUUAUCCAAAAGACACUCGGACGGGAUCUUCACCGACAGCUACAGUCGCUAUAGAAAGCAGAUGGCCGUGCAGAAAUACCUGGCAGCGGUUCUGGGAAGAAGGUACAGACAGAGAGUUAGGAACAAGGGACGCCGACUUGCCUAUUUGUAGCGUUGCUAAAGCUCCCCAGCUGCCCUCCUGUGUAUAUACAUCCAGUCGUUAAAUCAAAGUCAUUCAGAUAUAUCUGACCAACCAGUGGAUUGCGCCUGUGUUCUUUCAACAUGUAUUUAUGUAUGAAGUAAAGCCAUUAAAAUGAAUAUUUUAAUAAUAAUAUCGUUUUUUUUCUUUUUGUACAAAAGCACUUGAUACCGCACAGCUAUACUCUGUGGACCAAUAUUUUAUUUUUCAUGUUGAGAUGUUGAAAACAAAACAAAAUGCCCGAAAAAAAAGAAAGAAAAAGAAAAAAGACAUCUAGAAAAAGAAAAGAUAAUUGUGCACCUUCAACGUUAUGCGCUUGAAAUCUUUAAAGGUCAUCUACAUAUGCAGAAAAUAAAUAGAUUUUAAAAAGACAAUCAAAGUAUUGAAUGUUAUACUUAUUUUUGUACGCGACGUUCUAUUUUUUUAGUGUUGUUUGUUUGUUCCUUUUCCAAAUAGGCCCAAAGAAGCAGUGAGCAUGCUAUGUGUGGCAUAUCUGGCUUAUCCUAAAUGAUAGAUGUUGCCCUUGUCUACCCUCCUCCUUGCUCCCUUAGUGGGAGCUCUGUGGGGUUGUACAGCUUGCUGCCCCUCCAGGGGAUUUCAGAUGGCUUUUGUUGAACAGCCUCUCAUUUGAUGGAGAAGCCGACUGACUUACAUGGUCCUUUGUGUAACUGGUGGCAAAAUCAGACCUCUCUUUUGAACAGAAAUGUCAUCGCAGGCCUUUCGCGAGGGGCAUUAAAUUGCCUUGAGCCAACGUAAAGGAAGCCCGGAGGUUGUUCACAGGAUGCAGCAAACACUGCCUGCUCACUCGCCUCAAAGUCGUCCAGUGUAGGGGAUAAGUCCUGCUCGACCGGCCUGUGUAAAGAAUGUUCCACGUGUGUGUAUUAUGUACAGUAUAGAAUCUAAACAGUGCACAUUCAUCCCAUCGUUGUCUGGGUUCAGUCAACAGAGCUUUCUGGGAGGAAGGUGCUUCACCUGUUGAUUGUAUUUGGACGGCACUUCACAUUUAGAGAAAGGACCCAGAUCAUGUGUGAAGGAGGAGAUGUAACAUGUGUUUGAGCACAGGCGGAGAGGAAAAGGUAGCAUCUGAGUUACAGUUGGGAAUAUUUAACUCAUUUCUUAUUUGAUGGUGCAUGCGUUCGCUUAGAAACUGCAUGCCAUCAUGCUUUGUUGGAUUGUUCUAUUUGGGAGGUGGGCUGUGCCAAGCCCAUUUCAGCACCACUCGGUUCCCCCCCACCCCCCUAGAUGUGUUGGAAAUGUGAUCAAGGAGGGCUAGCGGUGGUGGAAACUGGUACUGCACUGACUUGUUGGAUUUGAACCGCCCAUACUUCUUGCAUUGUGGAUAUCAUAAGGCGACGUACUGGGCCUCGCUCCUCGCUGUUAGCCUUCGUCCUGGUAGUGGAUUUUAUAAAGAUUCUUGUUGAUCGCCGUGCUAAAUCGCUGAUUUGACUGUGCUGUGGUUCAGUCGCUAAGACGAGGCUGAUCUGUGUUAGAUGUGUGCUGGAUAUAUGUGCAGUGAGGAUGUGAUAAAGACAUGAGGAGAGUGUCAGGCAGAGGUGUGCACGGAGAAGAAAAGAGAGACAGUGCAUAUAUCUAUAUAUAUGUGUGUGUGUGUGUGUGAGAGAGAAAGAGAAGUAGGCUGUUACAUAAGAGACAGGUUACAGCACCCAUGAGCCAGAGAGAGGUGGUCGCACCUGAAACAAAUAGGAGGCGCCACCGCUGCCCCGUCUCGCCUCACCUGCCAAAGUGAGAUCAGGGUCAAUGAGUCUGAUAGAAAAUGUCAGAUGUUGAAUUCCCUUCACUUUGGUCUCAGCAGAGGCAUUAACAGGAUGUGAGUGAAGCUGGACGAGGCCACUCAGAGUCUCCCUCGCACAAUGGAGCGGAGGUGAAGGACAAAUUCCGCCCUACAGCAGAGGGAUCUUCCCACUGACUUUUAUUAGAGAGAUAUCUUAUGUAUUUAUUCAAUAUUAUGCAAAUACAGCUUUAUGAACCCCUGCAAUCCAAUCAGUGGCCUGUGUCCCCCCGUAGAAACUAUCAAUACACCCUUUCUUCAAUUUGGCUUUAUCCUACAGGCUAUGUGAGAGUGUAUGUGUGUGUAUGUAUGUAUGUAGUUGUUUGCAUACUGGUGAGCAUUUGUGUGUUUGUUUGAAAGAGAGAGAGAGAGAGAGAGAGAAUGUGUGUGUGUGGUUGUAUUUAAUGCUUGUGUGAAUGAGUGACUGAGCGUGUGCGUGUGGAGGUGGAAUCAGCUUUUGGCUUUGGUGCCUUGCUUCGACGUGAGAAAAAAAUAUAAAACCGAAAAAAAUUAAAAUUCGCCACAAGUGACAGAUGGCAAUUUAAGUGGCCCUACAAUGCUGCAGUCCAUUAGCUUACAUUGAAACUUGCGUUUACUCUGUUUAAUCGCUCGGCUUAGUGUACCCCGAGAGUAGUAGAAUUAGGCUUUUCUUUUUAAAGCAUGGCCAAUGAUUUAUCGACAUAAAAAAAAAGAAAAGAAUGUUUAUGUUGGUGGAGAAGGCAAUGUGUGUGUGUUUGUGUGUGUGUGUGUGCAUGGGUUUGGGGUGUUCAGUGUCUGUGAGAGUUGUGAACAAUGACCAGUGUUUGUUACUAUUGUUAAUGAGGUGUUGUUGGGUUCAUUUGAUAUUGGUCAGUAAUUUAUUAACCAGAGAAGAGCACCAACAUAUUAUUUACUGUGUGCAUCACUUUCUAGAAUCAAAGGGGUUCCGAGCAAGUAAAAGAGAUUAUGUUCAGCUCAUAGAAAAUGUCUGUUGUUGAUAUUUCUGAAAGCGCCAAACGCCUUACUUCAAUGUUUAAUCUCUUAUCUAUCUGAAAAUAAUGUGUUUUAAAAGUGAACAUUAGUACAAGUAACAUCAUUAUACACACAGGAGUCCUUAUAUGGGGUUUUACGUUUCUCAAUGUUAUGAAAGUGUUGUAAGAUUUGUAUGAAUAAAUUUUUGUAAA